AUGACAACUCUCUCAACAUCACGUGGGCGCUCGGCUCUCGCUGUGAGCGCCGUCUUCACAUCUUUGGCGACAUUGAUUGUUCUCGUUCGCGUGUAUACAAGAGCAGUAAUAGUGAAGCAGAUGGGAUCCGAUGACUAUACAAUCCUAGUCUCCUUGGCCUUCUCCUGGGGAUUCUUUGGAUUGUUUGUUGGUGAGGUCUACCACGGCAUGGGUGAACACUACGCAAUCAUCCCACACGCUGUGUAUGUCACGCAGAUGAUUUGCUUCUGGGCAUCGGUACCGAUCUACCAAACGAGUCUCAUCAGCACCAAAAUGUCAAUUCUAUUGCAAUAUCGUCGAGUUUUCUCAACGCCACGAAUGCGCCUAGCCUGUAUGCUUCUCAUUGGCUUCCUCGGUGUCUAUGGAACCUGGACCGUCAUCAGUGCCUGGGCCAAUUGUGUUCCUCUCGCCAAGUUCUGGGACCCAAGCAGACCUGGUUUUUGUUUCGAUAAAAAGGCACUCUGGUUCUCAAACUCGGCUAUUCACAUUCUCACCGAUCUUUUGAUCCUGAUCUACCCUAUGCCCGUGCUUAGGUCCUUGCACUUGCCAACCAGACAGAAAUUUGCGCUCAUGGGUGUUUUUGCGCUUGGUGGAUUUGUGAUGAUCACGAGCAUUCUUCGAUUAAAGAGUCUCAUGGUGAUUUCUAACUCCGAUGAUCCGACUUACGACAAUGUCGGCGCCGCCUCCUGGUCUGCCGUGGAGUGUAAUGUCGCAAUCAUUUGCGCCUCCCUGCCCAGCACUCGUGCGUUCCUCUCUCGACUGCUUCCCCACGUUUUCUCCACCGGCAGCAACGGCUAUCGCAGCAAGACAACUAGGCCCUCACGCACCGGCCGCAGUGCCAUUACCGGCACAAACACCCAAGUGCAAGCGUCUGUGAUUGGUGGUCACGAUCCUAGCAGAGCUUACGAUCUGGAUGACCUCUCGCCAACAGGCUCCCUCCACAGCUUUGAGAAGGAUCAAGAGGCAAAAUCUGGGUUCACCGGUAUCAAGGUUACGACUUUUGUCACACAGGAGUCCACUUCACACCUUGUCUCUCAGAAUGAUGAGACGGGGAGUACGAAGGACCUUGUCCAAAAGCACAGCUUUUGA